ACACUAGCCAUCCUGGUAUAUAAAUCGUGAUAAAACAAGCUGACAACAACCGAUACGGCCAUAUCGUCCUGCACACAGCUGCCUGACAGUUAACCAUACGGACCUAGCAAACCUUCAUUCAAUACCUGAAAUAUGGGGCCGACAGGUGAGGUGGUGUUUGCCAGCGUGGUGCCGGUCUGCGCAGAGAACCGGCUACGUUGGGACCUGAACCCUGAGCAGAUCCAGCAGCUCUCCGACGAGCUCAUUGCCAGCACCAAGACGGUGUACGACGCCGUCGGAGCGCUGGACCUCGACAGCGUCACCUUCGAGAACACGCUGAAGGCCCUCGCUGGCGUGGAGGUCGAGUACACCGUCCAGAGGAACAUGUUGGACUUCCCGCAGCACGUCUCUUCCAGUAAGGAGGUCCGAACGGCGAGCACCGACGCCGACAAGCGUCUGUCGGAGUUCGACGUGGAGAUGAGCAUGAGGGAGGACGUCUACCUGAGGAUCGUCGCCCUGGAGAAGGUGGAUGGCGGCUGCCUCACUGCAGAGUCCAAGCGUUACAUGGAGCGACUGAUGAAGCUGGGGAAGAGGAACGGCCUCCACCUGCCCAAAGAGACACAAGAGGAGAUCAAGACCAUCAAGAAGAAGCUGAGCAACCUGAGCAUCGACUUCAACAAGAACCUGAACGAGGACACGACCAGUCUGUCCUUCACCAGAGACGAGCUGGGCGGCCUCCCCGAGGACUUCCUGAGCUCCCUGGAGAAGCACGGAGAGACGCUGAAGGUCACCCUGAAGUAUCCUCAUUACUUCCCCACCAUGAAGAAAUGCUUCGUCCCAGAGACCCGCCAGAAGCUGGAGGAGGCCUUCAACUCCCGCUGCAAGGAGGAGAACUCGGCCAUCCUGAAGGAGCUGGUGGAGCUCCGGGCUCAGAAAAGCUCCAUGCUGGGCUUCACCACACACGCUGACUUCGUCCUGGAGAUGAACAUGGCCAAGUCUGGGAAGAAGGUGGCGGGCUUCCUGGAGGAGCUGGCUCGUAAGCUGAAGCCUCUGGGCGAUGAAGAGCGCUCGGUUAUCCUCAAGCUGAAGGAGAAGGAGUGCCAGAAGAGGAGUCUGCCCUUCAACGGAGAGCUGCACGCCUGGGACACCCGCUACUUCAUGACCCAGGUGGAGGAGACUCAGUACGCAGUGGAUCAGAACCUGUUGAAGGAGUACUUCCCCAUGGAGGUGGUGACUCGGGGCCUGUUGGACAUCUACCAGGAGCUGCUGGGUCUGUCCUUCGAGCUGGUGGACGGAGCCUCCGUGUGGCACCCGGACGUCACUCUGUACUGUGUGAAGGACCGCAGCAGUGGUCAGGUGGUCGGCCAGUUCUACCUGGACCUCUUCCCCAGGGAGGGGAAGUACGGCCACGCCGCCUGCUUCGGCCUGCAGCCUGGGUGUCUGCUGCGCGACGGCACCCGUCAGAUGUCGGUGGCGGCCAUGGUGGCCAACUUCAGCAAGCCGACGGCCGACGCCCCGUCGCUCCUGCAGCACGACGAGGUGGAGACGUACUUCCACGAGUUCGGACACGUCAUGCACCAGCUCUGUGCCGAGGCGGACUACGCCAUGUUCAGCGGGACUCACGUGGAGCGGGACUUUGUGGAGGCUCCGUCUCAGAUGUUGGAGAACUGGGUAUGGGAGAGGGAGCCCCUGCAGAGAAUGUCCAAGCACUACAAGACCGGCAACGCCAUCCCAGAGGAGCUGCUCGACAAACUCAUCAAGUCCCGCCUCGCCAACACCGGUCUGUUUAACUUGAGGCAGAUCGUUCUGGCUAAAGUGGAUCAGGCUUUGCACACUAGGAACGGACUGGACGCUGCGGAGGAGUACGGACGCCUCUGUCAGGAAGUCCUGGGAAUCCCUGCCUCAUCAGGAACCAACAUGCCGGCGACCUUCGGGCAUCUGGCCGGCGGUUACGAUGCUCAGUACUACGGUUACCUGUGGAGUGAGGUGUUCUCUAUGGACAUGUUCUUCGCUCGCUUCAAACAGGAAGGAAUCAUGAACCCGAAGGUGGGUCUGGACUACAGAAAGUUCAUCCUGGGACCCGGCGGCUCCGAGGACGCCUCCGAGAUGCUGAGGAAGUUCCUCGGGAGGGAACCGAAACAGGAAGCGUUCCUGCUGAGUAAAGGACUGACGGUGGAGCAGGAUGCUAGCACGCCGUGUCCCUGCUGAACAAUUACAGCAGCCGUCUCCACCACCCCGCCCCUCCUGCAGUGACAAAGGACUGAGGUUUUCUAGAAAAAAACAACCCGUAAAAUGAUGCCCGACAUAGAGGAAAAAAUUUGCUUAAAUAAAAAAAGAUUUGAGGUGAAAUUGUCUUGUCUGAAUCAGUGAUAUUACAUGAAAACAUUUAGUGACAGUCAAACGUUCGUGUCUCACCCAAAAAUCAUCCAAACCUGAUGCUGUUUUUUCUUUCAUGCUACAAUGAAAGUCUGUAAAAUGUCCAUGAUUGGAUACUAUUCAUAAGCCACCAGUCCGUUCUUUGUAUUUCUGAUGCUGAGUCGCUGCUCAGUGAGUGUUUGCUGUUAUUCAUUUUCAACAGAAGCCUCAGACCUUCAGUAAAAAAAACAAAUCAAACAUAACUGGUAGGUAUUCAAAGAUCAGGUCACAAGUGCACAAUACGUCAUAUUAUAAUAAUUCCUAUCUGCGGCCAAAUGAUUCACCAAAC